AGUGUGGUCAUGGCAUGAUCUGACAUGGCCAUUUUACUGAUCUUUAGUGAUCUGCCAUGACUAUUUUGGCGAUCUUUAUUGAUCUUUGAUGAGCUGACAUGACCAUUUUAGUGAUCUUUAGUGGUCUGGCAUGACCAUUUUGAUGACAUUUAGUGAUCUUUAGUGGUCUGGCAUGACCAUUUUGAUGACAUUUAGUGAUCUGACGUGACUAUAUUAGUGAUCUUUAUGAGCUGACAUUACCAUUUUAGUGGUCUCGCACUACCAUUUUAGUGAUCUUUAGUGAUCUGGCAUGACCAUUUUAGUGAUCAUUAGUGAUCUGGCAUGAAGCCAUUUAAGUGAUAUUUAGUGAUCUGAUGGUCAUUUUAGGGAUCUGGUAUGACCAUUUAGUGAUCUGGUAUGACCAUUUUAGUGAUCUGGCAUUACCAUUUUAGUGAUCUUUAAUGAUCUGCUGGUCAUUUUAGUGAUCUGGUAUAAUCAUUUAGUGAGCUUUAAUGAUCUGACAUGAUCAUGUAAUCUAGGUUAUAUAUAUGAUCAAUGAGUUUUGACAUUUUUGACUGCACUCAGAUUUGCAGCAAUAGAUUGUACUAGAUAGGAAUUUAGUAUUUACAAUAGUAUACUAUUAUAUAUAUUAAGUACUAAAUACCUUCUCUGUGUGCCUUUAAAUUGACUUGUUUGACGGAACUGUUCAAUUUAAUUUUAUGACAGAUAUAAAGUAAAUAUUAUAUCCUUAUAUUAUUUUUGCAAUGGCUUAUAUUAUUAUUGUACCUUUAUGAAUUUACUACUUAUGAUUAGCUGCAUACUGUCUGCAAGCACUAAAAAAUGUAAACACAGUACAAAAAUAGCAUGCGUUCAUUUUGCCCUGAAGACCACAUGUAUUUAUUUAUUUAUUUAUUUAUUUAUUUGUUUGUUUGUUUGUUUAUUUUUACAUGCAACAAAGUGUUCCUAUGGUUUCUACUCUCAGCUCAGGAGCCGGAAAACAAGUGAGCAAUUUUACCAAAAACUGUUCAUUAAACCUUUCCCGCAGACAAAAACAGACACAGGAGGUGGGGCUGGAGUCCCUCUGAAGUUUUUUUCCCCUUCCUCUUCCACUUGAGCCUUACCUCACAAACCUAAUUGCCAUAGCUAAAGGCUCUGUAACCAAAUAUGUUGUUUUAUGUGCAGCCAGGUCUUUAAUUAUCUUCCCUGAAGGUAAAUCUUAGCCUUAUCUAGACUAAUGAGAAUUCAAAAAAAUCUAAUGUAUCUGAUAAGGGAAAAACGUGCAUGGGCAUCACAAAAUACGUCAUGCCUGUCUCAUUCUUAUUUAUGACAGGCCCCACUGAUGACCACUCCUUUUGCUUCUUAUUUUCAUGCAAUUCUUAAUAUAUUUGCCUGAAUGCAGUACAUUUUAAGCUAAAUUACAACCACUAGUUAUGUGUACGCUCAAAGAUGGGGGAACCACAUCGAAAAUGGUCAUCUGGGAGAAAUUCCCUUCUGGCCACAUUCCAUUUUAAUUGAAGCAAAAUUUUAACUAAUCUGAGGAACCCCUAGCAAUUAAAAAAGUCUGGCAUGCAGAUGCUUUAAUUGAGGUGUUUCAAUUGGCUUUUUAAUGUUUUUAAUUAAGAGCGAGGUUUACCGCAAUGGUCUUCCCUUGGUUUGGGAAAUGGUCCCAGACAGCGUCCUUUAAAUAGUUUUUGAAAAGACUUCAAAAAAUAGUUUUGCUCAUUUUUAUUCUCCAGGAAUAGCUACAGAUCUAUAACUCUCGCUCUUGUAUGAAAUGACACACUAAUUACUAUAAUUCUUCUUGAAUACACGUAUGUGUGUACCAAACCACAUCAACAAACUCCUGUAGCGAGGGAAUCAUGUGAUAGACAGCGAGAAGAAACGGGGAGGUGUGCGUAGUCAUCUGGAGGUGUUUAGAGUACAGAUGGAAAGGGAGACUCAAGAGCUUGUUCUACCAUCACAAACAUCCAGCAUACCCGAUCCUCUGGAUGAACAUCUGAAGCUAUUAGGUUUUCAGCUUUGUGGGAUUUUUUAAAUACAGUCUGUAUGGAUUUUUCCUCCAUCUUCUUCCUCAGUACCAUUCUGGUAAUGGAGCAAAAAGCCUUCACAGCAUCCCUGCAAGUCCCUGAGUCUCACACACAACGAGGCUUAUCCCCACAGCUCAGCCACAAGGCUCAUGAUCGUGAGAAACGCUGCUCCUGUGAAAACCUGAAGGACAGGGAGUGUGUGUACUUCUGCCACAUUGGAAUUGUUUGGGUCAACACACCCAGUCAAGUGAUUCCAUAUGGUCUCGGAUUCCUCCAAAUGCGCUUAAGAAGACAUUUGGAACGAUGCUUUUGUGCAAACAAGAGAGACACAGAGUGCAUGCAGUUCUGCUCCCACAGAGAUGAAAAUACAACCCUAAGGUCCUCUCCAAGAAUAUUCCAAAAACUAUAUAAAGCUAAAGUGAAACAGAGGAGAAACACUUCCUGAGUAAGUGUGAGGAAUGCAAAGAAGACUAUAUGUGUUUGCACUCUUUACAGAUCAAACACUACUGCACAACCAGAUGGGUUCACCUGUUAUUAUGGGGUUGUAGGCGAGUAAAUAUGACUUAUAUUUUGAAAUAAAAUCGAAAACUGUUUUUAAAGGUAAGGAAAAAUAUCUUAGGAUAUAUAUAUAUAUAUAUAUAU